AUGUUUAAAGAAUCAAUUUUUCCAAACAAUUAAAAAAAAUUUACUUGGAGUUAUCUGCCUAUGCCAAUACUCUCUAAAAAUGGAGCCUUAGAAGGAGAAUUUAUUAAAUCAAGUUCUAAAACUUAUAAAAUGAAAAAAUUCAUUUUGAUAUAGAAUAUUUUAGGUUGUUACACAAAAAAAGUAUUGUUAAAUAUAUUAAAGGGGCCUAUCAAAUGGAUAAAUUAUGAAAAUUGCUUCAUAGAGAUAAAUAAAGAUAAAAUGCUUGGAGAAGGUAUAGCAAUAAGCAAAGGAGAUACUCUAAUAUUAUAUGGAGAAAUAGAAAUUUGGUUCAAUUAUAUGAAAAGAUGGUGCAUAUAGUAAGGUUUUACAAAUACGUACAAAAUACUAGAAAAAAUAGGCAAAGGAAAUUAAGCUGAAGUAUUUGUAAUUCUAUUUAGGUUUUUAGUUGUAGAUAUUAGUUGGGUGAUGAAAAAUUUGCUGUUAAAUAAUAUUGCAAACAUAAAUUAACAAAUCGAUAAGAUAAAAUAGCUCUUUUGAAAGAAAUAUCAAUUUUGCGUCAAGUCUAGCAUGAAAAUAUCAUUCAUCUUUAUGAAGUAUUUGAGAAUGAAGACAGUAUAUAUGUUGUAAUGGAAUUAUUAGAAGGAGGAGAUUUAAAGGAUUAUUUAAAAUAACCAACUACUUUUUUAAAUGAAAAAUAAUUAGCUAGUUUUAUAUAUAGACUAUUUAAAGCUAUUUUAUCAUUUCAUAAAAUUGGAAUAAUUCAUAGAGAUCUUAAGCCAAAAAAUAUAAUUUUAAGAAAAUCAAACCUCUCUUAAUUUUGUGUAGUUGAUUUUGGAUUGGCAGAUUAUUACAAUAAAGAUGGAAAGUAUUUAUUUUAAAGAUGUGGAACUCCUGGUUUUGUAGCUCCCGAAAUCUUAAGAGAUGAAUUUUAUGAUUUUAAAGUAGAUGUUUUUAGUGUUGGAGUAAUUAUGUACAUAAUAAUAACUGGAGAAGAACCAUUUGGAGGAGAUUAUAAUGAAACAAUAACAAAGAAUUAUUUAGGUUAAGUUAAUGUUGACAAUAUAAAAAUAAGUGAAUAAGGAUAACUAUUUUUAAAAUCUUUAUUUGAAGCAAAGGAGUUAAGACCUACAGUAAAAGAAGCAAUGAAUCAUUAAUGGUUUAAAUAAGAAAAGAUUGUUACAGAAAAAUACAGAAUUCGAAUAAAGGAACCUUAAAGUAAAUAGGCUUAAUUAUUUUUGCCUUCAGCUAGAGAUACUAUAUCACAUAGUUAAUUAUUAAAGCCAACUAGAGCUGUUUCAUCUACUAAACACUCCAAUUAUCGUUUAAGUCCAAUACCUUCAAAAAAACCAACUCCAAAUCCUAGUCCAUGUACAAAGAGAAAAUCUUUAAAGUGAAAAAGAUUAUUCUUGAUGCAAAAUCAAAG